AUGGAAAUAAUUAUUUGUAGAAACCUGCAUCUGGUUGGUGUUUGUAUCAUCCUAGCCAGCUUGACCAAUCCUAUUAAUUCCGUUGAGAGUCUGUUGGAUGUUCAUAUUGUGGUUGGCAAGUUGUUGCGGUAUAGCAUUCCUGAUGGUGCCUUCAGUGGCAAUAUUCAAGGAUACAAGGUAACUGAGGCAGGUAGCGAUAAAUUACCCCAAUGGUUAGGAUUUGAUAAUAAAACCAAUACUCUGUAUGGUGUUCCCUUGGUGCAGGAUGAUGGCUUUACCUACAUUUGUGUCACAGCAUUGAUUACAGAUGACGAUAACUGUACAUCAAGUGCCAGCGAUGUGUUCUUGCUUGAUGUCAGAUUGUAUGAUGAGAUGAACUCAUUGACAUUUGGCGAAUCACCUUUGAAUCCUGUGAAAGUACAACCAUUGAAAGACAAUGUAAAAGGAAGGAAUGAAGAUAAGAGAACUGUAAAACAAUGUGACGCAGGUGAAGCUAAGACACUUGCAACAGUGAUAUUAGACUGUGAUGUAAAUCUCAUGGAUGGCAAACAGAGGAUGCAACUCAUGACAGACUUUGCUGACUUUUUAGCCUUAGAUGUGAAUGAUAUAACUUUAUCCACUAGGAGAAGUACUGUUAUUGGGCAUCUACUUGAUACCGCUAUCUUAGCAGCAGGACCUGGAAAUGCUGAUCCAGCUAAUGUUAUACAGAAUGCCUGGGGUGUGGAGAUCUCAUGGCAACUUAGCUGUGGCUUGUUUAAAAAAAUCAAUGAUUUCUCAAUGGUUAUUGAGCAUAAUGCCAAAAGUGGAAGACUUACUGAUGUGACUGGUUUACCAGUGAUUGGCUGGCAUGUUUCAAUGCGAAAGUCAACUGAUAGUGCAGCUGUGAGGAGAAAACGACAGAUCCAAGCAGGCAUAUAUGGUACUCCUGUACCAACCCCUACAGUGACCAGUACUCUGCCAUCAGCUAUGCUGUCGUCAAGUACAAUUACACUUAUAUCAAGUCCAACAGUGUCAAGUCCAGCAUAUACUAGUAGCACUGUAACUGAAACUAUAACCCUGACAAGAUCAAUUCCAUCUCCUGAAACAACCCAAAUUCUGCCUGUCACAUCUUCUAUGGAGCCCAUUGUAACAUCAUCAGCAGCAGUGGUCACCAGCUCUAGUAUAAUCUCUUCAACUCUUGUAGUUUUAUCUUCUACACCAUCCUCGUCUACAGUGGAAUUAACUGCUUCAGUCACUGAAACUUCAUCUGUACUUCCUUCUCCAACUCCUUUCUCCACUGUAGUGUUUACAUCAAUACCAGUGUCAAGUUCAUUAGUUCCCUCUACCAGCUCAGUGCAGGUAACAUCUACUCCAGUAUCAUCUGUGCCAACCUCAUCAUUGACCAAAACCAGCUCAAGUAUUGUUAUUUUACCAUCACCCUCCCCUUCUCCCUCCCCUUCUUCCUUUCCAUCACCAUCACCAUCACCCUCCCCUUCACCAUCACCCUCCCCUUCACCAUCACCAUCACCCUCCCCUUCACCAUCACCAACACCAACACCCUCCCCUUCACCAUCACCUUCCCCUACACCAACAUCUUCUCUACUGCCUUCAUCUUCAGUAAUAAGCGAAGUGACAACCUCGUAUCCUCCAGUACUCACGCCAACACCAAUUUUCUCCAGCACCCUUGCAUUAUCCAGCACCCUUCCAUUAUCCAGCACACCAACACCUGUAUUGAGUUCGACACCAUUACUGAGUUCAUCCAUUAUGACAAGUACUUCAGUGAAACCAUCAGUCUCCAGUAGCAGUCUGGUAGCACCAUCAAGUAGUCUUAUUUAUACAACUCAAGAACCAAUCAAUCAACCACCCGUUGUUCUUUAUCCACUGAGUAAUGUGGAAAUCACUGUCGGCAACAUCCUGGAAUUCAAGAUACCACUAGGAACAUUUUAUGAUGCUGAGGAAGGUUUAACAGACAGAUUGAAUCUCUAUGUAAUGACAACAAGUGGAUUAAAACUACCAUCUGGUUCAUGGAUACAGUUUGAUGAAAACUCACAAACUUUAUACGGGAUACCUCUACAAGAUGAUUUAGCUCUGUCUCCAUGGGAGUACCGUGUGGUUGCUUCAGAUUCAUCAGGACUGACUACUGAAACUGGAGUGAAAGUGAUCGUAAAUGCAAGACCACCAAAUGAGACAUUAAGUCACCAAUUUUUUCCUUUCUCUUCUCUUCACAUAUCCAAUGUUUAUGAAGCAAGGUGCCAAUAGGUACACAUUAGCAACAGAAAUAUUAAGUUAUUAUAAUGAUACGGAUGUGGAGAAUAUUGUUGUUGAUGGUGUUUCAGAAAGUUAUGUUCUCUCGGAUGCUACUAUUUUUGUUUUUCACAAUGGUACACUGAAUCCAACUAUAUGUGAAAGAGAUGAAAUAAUGAAUAUCUAUAACGAAAUGGUGUACAAUGAAAGCACCACUGAAAAGAAGUUUGAACAUGCACUGCUGCCAGACUUCAUAGUUCAAGAAGUAUCACUGCAUGUGUUUGGACCUUGUAUUUCUCCAAUGUCUACAGUGUCAGUUACAACAAGCACUCCUGCUUUGCAGUUGACAUCAAGUUAUGAUAGCAUUGUCAAGUUCUCUAGCUCCAACAUCAGUAGCUGGUAGUCUCUUCACAACAUUGGACAGUUCAUCACUAUUCACUGCAAGUUCAAGUAUCCUACAAUCUCUGACAAUAUCACCAUCACCAACAGUAUCAAGUAUUUUGGUUGCAAGCAGUAUUACACCCACUACAGCGAUCGUGAAUACCAAUCCUAUGCUGAUCAAUCACAUAGACCAAAUAACCAUCCUAGUUGGCAAUGUGUUGCAAUAUACUAUACCUCCCGAUACAUUCUACGACUACGAAGAUGGUAACACUCGCUACCUACAGCUAGAAUUGCGAACGAUAUCUGGACAGACGUUACCACUCUCAUCCUGGG